AUGAGCUAUGAUCAUUUGCCUGUCUACUUAAAGCCUUGUUUCUUAUACAUGGGAGUGUUUGAGGAAGAUGAAGAAAUUGGCAUCUCAAAGCUCAUCAAGUUAUGGGCCGACGAAGUAUUUCUUAAACCAAUAGAUGGCAAAAGUUUGAGAACAAUUGGGAAAGAGUACUUAAAGGAAUUAGUUGAUAGAAAUCUCAUUCUAGUCCACAUGUUGGGGUCUACUGGAAAUAUAAAACAAGUCAAAGCUCAUGAUUUGGUAAGAGACCUAUCCGUGAACCAGGGCAAGAAGGAAGGGUUUUAUCACAUUGUAGGAGAAUCUAGUGCAGGAGGCAUAAAGAGCCAUCGCCGCAUUGUCAUACGCAGGAAAACAUCAAAGGAGAAAGUCACCGAUGACUUGAAAUCUAUGUCGCAUGCUCGUUCCAUUAUUUACAUGCAUGGCAUAGUUCCACGGUGCUUGGAUUUUGGAUUGUUGAGGACAAUGCAAGCAUAUGCAUAUUUUGGGUUUCAGCAUGUUAACUUGCGGCACCUUGCAGACAGUUAUGUUGAACACUAUCCCUCUAGUUUUUCUUCUGCCAAUGACCUUUGGAAUUUGCAGACACUGAUAAUUCCUCACAUACCUUUGUCAAUUGAGUUUCCUAAGUUUUGGGAAAUGCCUCAACUGAGGCAUAUUGACAUGGCAUUUGUGCCUCCAGAUCCUUCAAGUGAUGCUGUUGUCAUGGAAAAUCUCUUAGUACUUAAGGGACCACUUAAUUUCAAGUGGGAUGAAGAGGCGGUUAAGAGAUUUCCCAAUAUCAAGAAAUUGAAAUUACAUUAUAAAGGGAGCAAGGGAAUGGGGUGCGAUGAUUAUUAUUACCUGAGCAAUAUUGAAUGCUUUUGUAAAUUAGAAUCCCUCUAUAUCUCGUGUUGGUAUUAUCAUGCAGGGAAAGUCUUUCCGUUUCAGAUCAGCUUUCCUCAAACCCUCAAGAGUUUGACUCUUCUGAUGAACAGUAGCUUUGGUUGGGGAACGAUGUUGGAAACGUUAGGUUCGUUGCCCCAUCUUGAGAAGCUCAAGUUGCUCCAUGGAUGUUUUGGAACUGGAAAGUGGGAAAUCUGUGAAGGCCAAUUCCCUUGCCUCAAAUACUUGGAAUUGUGUAAAUGGGAUGGUCUCAAAAAUUGGACAGCAGAAGCAAGCACCAUCUUUCCAUGCCUUGAGAAGCUUCAUUUAACUCGAAUGGAAGAAUUGGAGAAUAUUCCAUCUAAAAUUGGAGACAUACCAUACCGACUCUCCAAAAUAUAUGGCUACAUCAUUGUGGUGAAUCAGUGA